GUCAUUUCACAUUUACUGUACACAUCUUCUUUCCUUUCUGAACAUGAGGCAGUAACUCAGUAGAAUAUCACACUCCAGGUUUUAACUUUGAUUUUGGGGACAAUAUCGUUGCCAAUGUGUCACCGGGUUCCUAAAUAUAUCUAGUUGCUGUCUCAUUCAUUUAAAAACAACGCACCAGUGUAGCCCUAUUGGGAGUAUGUUUCCACUAUUACAAAUAAUACAGCUUCAGAAAUAAAGAAACUCCACUCUGCUGACAUGUACCACAGCUGAUCAUCUCUAUAUGAUCAUAGAUGCACUCUCUUGGUAUGACUUAAUACUGUCUUCCUGGCCAAUUCUGUGAUGUAAUUUAUGCCUCAUCCUUUCAUAUUUUCACUUUAAGAUAUUUUUCCUCUGUCAGGUCAAGUCUUAAAUAAUCUGUCUGGCAAUACACCAGACAAUACCUCUAUUUUCUCUGUUUUAAUCUCCAUUCACAUUAUAUUAUGCUUGUUCUCAUUUCUAAGGGGUUAAGAGCAAACAGUUGGUUUUUAAGUUGAAAGUAUUUUAAUAUAAAUUAGGAUUUCUUUAUUUACAGCUGUCAGUAUCAACUUUAAGUACUCAGAGUGAAACAGAGUUAGUCCUCCUGCACUUACUAAACCUCAUCUUGGUGUCUUGUAUGCUAAUGUAGUGCUUUUUUGAUGGUUGGUUCAGAGAAAAACGGGACACAUCUAUACUUAAGAUUUUUGUCCAUGGCAUUUUCACUGCUUGUUGUUAUGUUUACACUCGGGGACCAAGUUCUUUCUCGUAAGCAAAAAUGCCAUAACAGUUUAACUGUACUGUGGAUCCAUCCUGCCUUAUCUACUUCCUCCACAAAACUGUUGCCACCACCUCCUUGGAAGCUCUUAGCGAGAAGUCAGAGACAACAUAUCUGUGGAGGCCACCAUACUGCUGUUGGAAGAAUUUGAGAACCACAUAGAAGAGCUGAAGCAAUUGGAUGAGAAGAUCCAGCGGCGGGUGGAGAAGCUUGAGCACCAGUGUCAUCGUGAGGCCAAGGAAUUUGCCCACAAAGUACAAGACUUGCAGAGAAGCAACCAGGUGGCCUUUCAGCAUUUCCAGGAGCUCGAUGAGCACAUCAGCUAUGUGGCAACCAAGGUUUGUCACCUUGGCGACCAACUGGAGGGGGUGAACACGCCUCGGCAGAGGGCCGUGGAAGCUCAGCGUCUAAUGACUUACUUCAAUGAGUUCUUGGAUGGAGACCUACGCAGUGAUGUCUUCAACAACCCAGAGAAGAUUAAGGAGGCUGCUGAUAUAAUUCAGAAGCUGCAUCUCAUUGCCCAGGAGCUGCCAUUCGACAGAUUUGCAGAUGUCAAGGCAAAAAUUGCAAGUAAGUACCAUGACCUGGAGCGGCAGUUAAUCCAGGAGUUCACUGCUGCCCAGCGCAGGGGUGAGAUUGGACGUAUGCGGGAGGUGGCAGCGGUUCUAUUACAUUUCAAGGGCUAUGCACACUGUGUGGACGUCUACAUCAAGCAGUGUCAGGAAGGGGCCUACCUGAGAAAUGAUGUGUUUGAGGACACUGCCGUCCUCUGCCAGAGGGUCAACAAGCAGGUGGGGGAGGUCUUCAGCAGCCCAGAGACUGUUAUGGCCAAACUCAUCCAGAACAUCUUUGAAAACAAAUUACAGGCCCACGUUAAGGAAAAACUUGACGAGACCCGACACUCGGAUGUAGAACAGUACCUCAAGAACCUCUAUGACCUUUACACCAGGACCACAGCAUUGGCCACCAAGCUGACAGAGUUCAACCUGGGCUCAGACAAGCACACGUUCCUGUCCAAGCUGAUAAAGAGCAUCUUCUCCUCAUACCUGGAAAGCUACAUUGACAUGGAGAGGGAAUAUAUUCGUACUCGAGGUGCCAUGAUUCUGCAGCGCUACUAUGACUCCAAGAAUCACCAGAAACGCCCAAUUGGCACUGGCAGUAUCCAAGAACUGAAGGAGCGGAUCAGACAGCGCACCAACCUCUCCCUUGGCCCCAUCAUUGACACCCAUGGGGAGACCUUUCUGUCCCCAGAGCUAGUGGUGAACUUGCUGCAGGAGACCCGUCAUGCCUUUGAGAGAUGCCACAGGCUUUCAGAUCCUUCGGACCUGCCCAAGAACGCGUUCUCCAUCUUCUUGCUGCUGGUUGAACAUCUCUGUGUGGAACACAUCGACUACGCCCUAGAGAUUGGCCUCUCAGCAAUUCCCUCAUCAGAUGCCAAGAAUGCCAACCUGUAUUUCCUGGAUGUAGUUCAACAGGCAAACUCUAUCUUCCACUUGUUUGACAAGCAGUUUAAUGACCAGCUCAUGCCUCUAAUAAGCUCAUCUCCAAAGUUGGCCGAGUGCCUGCACAAGAAGAAAGAGGUGAUUGAACAGAUGGAAGUGAAACUGGACACAGGAAUCGACAGAACAAUAAACUGCAUGGUGGGGCAAAUGAAGCACAUCUUAGCAACCGAGCAGAAGAAGACUGAUUUCAGGCCUGAGGACGAGAACAACGUCAUGAUCCAGUACACCACAGCCUGCUCCAAAGUAUGUGCCUACGUCAGUCGGCAGGUGGAGCACGUGCGGAAGUCCAUGGAUGGGAAAAAUGUGGACACAGUGCUGACUGAGUUGGGCGUUCGUUUCCAUCGGCUCAUCCAUGAGCACCUACAGCAGUACAGCUAUAGCUCAAUGGGAGGCAUGCUGGCCAUCUGCGACGUGGCUGAAUACCGACGGUGCGCCAAGGACUUCAGGGUCCCUCUGGUUCUGCAGCUCUUCGACACACUCCACGCCCUCUGUAACCUCCUGGUCGUUGCCCCUGACAACCUAAAGCAGGUCUGCUCAGGCGAGCAGCUCACCAAUCUGGAGCGAAACCUCCUGCACGCCUUCGUCCAGCUCAGAGUGGACUACCGUUCAGCCAGACUGGGCCGACACUUUAGUUAAUGACUGAUUCAACACCUCGACGCCCUCUGUCCAGUAACCCAUGCUUUGAUGAGAUGAUGCACCUUGGAGAUACCCAUCCCUGCUUCAGAGAGUGCUUCGGCCUGGCCCCAGUGUACAGACUUUACUGGGAUUGAUUUGUGCCACUGCUCCCUGAAUGUGGGAAAUGUGCAUUUUACCUUUUUUUUUUUUUUUUUUUUUUUUUUUUUUUUUUUU